AGCGCAUAGGAAGUAAACAAAACACAUUGAAGUGAAAGAAGCACGUGAAAAGUAGUAAAAAUCUCUAUCGGAAUGAUUUCGCGUCUUUCAACAAAGGCCACGAUCGGCAUGUGGAGUUACAUAAACCGCACGGUCUGCGUUCGGCCGGCGCAAAUCAGAGCAUUGACGGGUAUUCGAAAACAACAUACACACCGGCCCGGUAGCGAUGCACCCGUUGAACUGGAGGCGAACCCAUUCGCAAAAGACCAGCCACAGUGCAUCCUCUGCAAACAUAACAUUAGUCCGGACUACAAGAACGUCCAGUUACUGUCGCAGUUUCAGAGCCAAUACACCGGUCGUGUGUACGGGCGCCACAUUACCGGAUUGUGCAAGCAACGGCACGAACAGGUGGAGAAGGAGAUUAUCAAAUCACAGAACGCUGGCCUCAUGCCCACCUAUCACAAGGCGGUAGAAUUCCUGAACGAUCCGAAGCUGUUUGAUCCGGAGAAGGCAGUACGUCCUCAUAAAUAUUGAAAACCGAGAAUAGCUGAGUUCAGCAGCGAAGGCACACAUUUUGCAUGUAGAUUCGUAUUUUGUUUUUUCGAUUAUCACGUUGAAACAUGAUCAAUAAAACUGCGCGCUCAUUAGAAUGAAAUCUCGCAAUAGUCCUG